CUCAUAGCCGUUCAAUUAUUCUUUUUAUCCAUAAUCGAGAAAGGCAAUGUUCUUACUGAAGACGUUGUUGUGUAUUAGUUUUGCAACCGCAGGAAUCCUCAGUCAAACUUGUGACAUAACUUCUGCCAACAAAUGCUGGUCUCCACUUACUGCCACGAUGGGGGAUUUAGUCCCAAGCUCGACCCCAAAGCAUAUUUCUCCAUCUUUUAAAGUCAAUAAUGUAUGCAGCGGACUUCAUAAAGUGUUCAGUUGUUCUGAAAAGAAAAUGUCGGCAUGCAAUCCAGAAGACCGUCUUCUUUAUGAUACUGCGAAAUCAUCGAGUACCUUCCUCUGCACACAGGGAAAACAAGGAUAUAUUGAGCAUGCCCACUGCCUGUUUAGCGACGCUUCACACAAGAGUAUGAAGAAAUGUACAUCUGAAGCAGUGACUUUGAUCCAAAACUUCAUUCUACCGAUGUCUGAUCUCUCGGAAUUAAAAGGAAUAUCAAAGGAAUUAUGUGGGUUUGCCUCCGCUGUUCGUUCCUGUCUUCUUCUAACAGCAAAAGAAAAUUGUGGGGAACCUGCUGCCUUAUAUCUUCAGCAAUACAUUGAUGCCACAAUUAAACCAAUGUCUGACUUUCUGUCCUGCUCAUCGCCUAAAUCAGUACAAGAUGUGACAUAUUUUCCCUCCUCUGAUAAAUUAAGAGGUAAAACUGUGACUCAAACAACAAUGAUCCCAACACUUCAAAGCACCCCAAACAUCCCUAGUUCCUUUAUCAGCCCAAGUGGACCAAAUGCAGACAUUUUAAACGCCAUACAACCUGAAGAAAUUGUGCAAAGUAUUCAAACAAACGUGCCAAAAUGUGACCGAUAUUGUUUUGUUUUCAAACAUGACUUAUCACCGUCCUUAAAACCGGGAUAUGAUGAUUGGUGUGAAAUUAACUGUCGCCAGGGAUUCUGUCCACAGCGGACGUGUACAUGUAACUGUAACCCAGUGCGGAGGAAGAUUGUGUGUGAAGCGAUGGACCUGAGAUUUAAGAUGCAAUCACGUGGUUCAGAGUGGUGUAAUGCUGUUUGUAAGCAAGGGUUUUGUCCAAGGAAUUACUGUAAAUGUAGAGUUGAACUGGAAUCACAAUAUGUUCCAUCUCCACUGUGAUUAUUUUCAACUGCUUCAAACUUGGAAUCAAUUCUACCUCAGCAUUUUAAAAAACGCAAUACUUGAAAGAAUUACUUGCUAUG